UGAGGACCCGUGGCGGGCGGCGAAGAUGAUCAAGGGGUACAUGCAGCAGCACAACAUCCCGCAGCGGGAGGUGGUGGACGUCACCGGCCUCAACCAGUCGCACCUCUCCCAGCACCUCAACAAGGGCACCCCCAUGAAGACGCGGAAACGAGCUGCCCUCUACGCGUGGUACGUCUGCAAGCAGCGGGAGAUCCUCCGGCAGUUCAACCAGACAGUCCAGGGUUGUGGAAAUAGGACAGGCAAAAGCAGUCAGGAUCAGCUGCUGUUUCUCUUUCCAGAGUUCAAUCAGCAGAACCAAGGGGCUGCCCAGCUCGACGACGCCUGCUCCGAAACCCCCAGCAAGAAGUUGCGUCGCAAUCGGUUCAAGUGGGGGCCGGCCUCCCAGCAAAUCUUGUACAAAGCCUACGACCGCCAAAAGAACACACGCGAGACGCUGGUGGAGGAAUGCAACAGGGCUGAGUGUCUGCAGCGAGGGGUGUCUCCCUCCAAGGCGCACGGGCUCGGCUCCAACCUGGUGACGGAGGUCCGCGUCUACAACUGGUUCGCCAACCGGCGCAAGGAGGAGGCUUUCCGCCAGAAGCUGGCCAUGGACGCCUACAACUCCGGCCAGCCCCCGCACAGCAUGAACCUGCUGCUGUCUCAUGGUUCCCCCCACCACAACCAGCCCAGCGCCUCACCUCCCAGCAAAAUGCCAG